AUGUGUGUGCAGGUUGUGCCCUUGCUUUUGCUAGGAGCAUACAUGAUGUGUGUCUGUGUGCUGUGUCAGAGGGACAUCCUGGUGGCCGGGCCACCCAACAGCAGAUGUGAGGGGAGCUGCAGUGCAACAGCAUCACCCCCUAAAAUACAUCACCCUCACUCUCAGGACUCGCAAAUUAGAAAGACUCCAGUGAACCGCAAAACCGCACAGGUGUCUGAUACAUCUGAACAUCUCAUCCAGCUUCAGCGCUGUAUGCUGCAACAUGAAUCAGUGGUUGUGAGUCAGGGAGACGGCUCUGACUCACUGGUAGCCUUUCUGGCUCUCAUGGCAGCGGUGCUAACAGAAUGUGACCUCCACUGCCAUAGUCAGAGACUCAGAGAGAUGGCCACCAGACUCGAACAUGUGGUGGGCAAAAAUGGGGAGAAAGACUUGCUGCUGUUGCUAAAGAGUAUCACAGAUUCUAAACCUAAUGGCCUCAAACCAAGGACUCCUACAGUGCCUCUCUCUGCAGGGCUUUACCCUCAAGACUGUCAUGAGAUCUACCAAUUAGGAAUCAAAGAGAAUGGAAUCUACACCAUACAACCAGAUCCGAAGAAGCCAGCGCUAGAGGCCGUGUGUGACAUGGUUUCAGCUGGUGGGGAAUGGACAGUGUUCCAGCGCCGGUUUGAUGGACAAACUGACUUUAACCGAACCUGGCAGGAGUACUGUGAUGGAUUCGGCUCCCUGCAGACAGAGCACUGGUUAGGGAAUGCAGUUCUUUACGCACUAACCGCAAGUGGGCAUCACACGCUCCGCAUCACUCUCCAAGACUGGCACAACCAGACACGUCAUGCUAACUAUAACAACUUUAAAGUGGCAGGAGAAAACCAGAGGUUCCGUUUAACUGCUCGAGAUUAUCAUGGCGAUGCUGGCAAUGCAUUCAGUUACAGCAAACAGUACAAUCACGAUGGCAGAGCUUUCAGUACAUAUGACCGGGAUCAUGAUCGCUACGCUGCUGGUAACUGUGCCCGUUAUUAUGGUGCAGGCUGGUGGUUUGAUUCCUGUUUGGCUGCUAACCUCAAUGGACGCUACUAUCACGGGCGUUACAGUGGCAUCACGGAUGGCAUCUACUGGGGCACCUGGUAUAUCCUGACGGACUAUCGCACAGGGGAACGAUACUCAUUCAAGAGUGUUGAAAUGAAAACUAGACCAAGGCGGAGCUAAGGAAAAUGUUGAUUUGUAAUCAUACUCUUGCACUACAUAUUUCAUUUAAAUAAUGGCUUGUAAUUAUAUAA